AUGGACAUUGAUAUGGCCAAGCCAGUCUUGGACAGUAAAAUCGAGGACGAUCUCGUCGACUUCGAUACCGACAUGGCUGAUUCCAAUCAAGACCCGCAAAAGAACGACGACAACUUCGAGAGCAUGGACAGAGAAAUGCAAGAAGAUGAGGACUCUGUGAAUCAUACAGCCUACGAGACGAAUGGUAUCACGGGCGAGGAUGUGGACUUCGACCUUCACGAUGUCGAGGAUACAGCAAACAGUCCCGAACAUGUGGAUUAUGAAGUGACCGAGGCUCCUGAGCUUCGGACUCAGGAAUCGACACAAACAGCUCAGCCACCCGACGAAGACGUGCCAGAAAACGAAGAUAACGUCAAAGUUUUGGAUGAAAUAAUCGUUCAUGGCGAUGCCGUGCCUGACGAUCACGAAUCUGCGCAUGAGAUUGAUUAUGAAUUUGAGGAAAAUGCAGAACAAGAAGAGUCGCAUCAAGAUGCGAAUACAGCUGCCGCAAGCCAUACAGCAAGGUCUGAGCCAAAUGGAGCAGCCGGUGCUGCGGAAGAACCAGAUGUCCACGAAACUGAGAAUGAUGCUGAUGCAACCGGACAAGACCUAUCCGAUCACACCGAAGAAGAUAAUAACAUAUCAAGUCACAAUGGCCAAAAUGUACCUCACGAUCCAGAAGAAGAAGAAGAAGCUGAGCCCGAUGAGAAGGUUGCGAUUGGUGAAGCUGAAGCCGAGGAUGUGAAGGCAGAUGAGGAUAAUGUUGAAAAUACCCAUGCAUCUGAGGACAAUAACGAAACGCAUCAUGGAGAAGACGCGACUAGUCAUGAUGAAACCACUACCUUGGCGACAGGGCAAAACGAUGAAACAACUGGAGCUGUCGAGGAGGCUGAAGAUCACGAUUAUGACGCGGGCGAACAUGACCCAGAUGCAUAUGAUGAACACGCAACCGCUGAUACAGAUCAUGCGGAUCACUUAGUUACUGAUGAAGAUUUAAAUGGGAAGGCAGAUGAGGGUUUUCCUGCUAUAACGGUACAGUAUAAAGGAGACGAAUUCCCUAUGUUCUCCACCACCACCCAUGGUUUCUUUGCCGAUACUUCGGUUCUUGAUGAACCACUUGAGAAGUUGGUUGCUUGUCUUCGGAGUGAACUUGAAAAUGAGAUUGCUGAGGAUGAGGACUUGGUACUUCAGGUCGACGAGCUUGGCCUCGAACUUGCUGAGACAACCCAAGGCGAACUUAUGUCGAAUGUCACGCUCCGCCAAAUUCUUGAAAUUUUCGACCUUCUUGCCAAGAACCAGGACCCAGAUGGCUCACGUCCACUGUAUGCCUAUCUUUUUACUAAACCCAACACAGAAAAACGCUUCGAGUAUCUCAUCGAGAGUGCUACGGCGGGGAAGGGGCUUGAUGAAGUUAUCCAUCUCUUCGAGACUCCCAUGACUGCCGGGGCCAGUAUGCUGGAAACAGCUGCAACUAUCGAUGGCGUUCAUGAGGAACUGGACGAGUUCGACAGCCCAGUUGAUGAUGAACAUCACAGCGAGACAAAUGAAGUAGAAAUUGAGGAUGAAUAUCCGGAAGACGAACAUGCGAACCCCGAUGCCACUGGUUCUGAGAGUCAAGAGUUCAAAGACCGGGAAGUCGAUGUCCAUGAAGUCGAUAGCCAGGAGGCCAAUAAUCAGGAUGGCCACGAUGAAGAUGAUCGAGACAACAUCAACGUUGCAACAGACACUCAGAACGAGAUACCAGCCAAUGCUUCUGCCGUUGAUUUGGAGGACCAAGAGGCCGCCGUUGACAGCUUCACGGCUGCUGAUGAGGAAGGUCUUGAGCAAAAUGCACGAGCUGACAGCGAGAUUGAUCCAUUUGCCAACCUCGAGUUAGACGAGGAAGCCGAGUUCAACGGAGAUGGCGCUCUCGAAGAGAACACAGAGACCCAAGAAGAGGUUAAUGUCGAUGCCGAGCCUGAACCACUCCACGCACAAGCUAAUGACACGAGCACUACAACCACUCUUCAAGAGGAGGAGGAAGCGUCCUCUUUCAACGUUGACCUCGGCGUGCCCUCCACAGCAGUUGAGACGGCCGAGAAAAGCCAGACUGGCGAUGACGACUUGGACGAAAUCGACUGGAGAGAAGAGUAUGUGGUAGAAGACCAAGCACCAAGCACUCCUUCGGCUGCUGGUAAAAGAGCCCGUGGUGAUGACGAUGAUGUAGAUGCGGGAGAUGAGCAAGAUGCCAAGCGUCGUCGUCCUUGA